AACUACCACCAUGUCAAGCAAAAGAGCUAAGACCAAGACCACCAAGAAGCACCGUCAGCAUGCAACAUCUAAUGUGUUUGCUAAGUUUGACCAGUCACAGAUUCAGGAGUUCAAAGAGGCCUUCAACAUGAUUGAUCAGAAUAGAGAUGGUUUCAUCGACAAGGAAGAUUUGCAUGAUAUGCUUGCUUCAUUGGGGAAGAAUCCAACUGAUGAGUAUCUGGAUGCCAUGAUGAAUGAGGCUCCAGGCCCCAUCGAUUUCACCAUGUUACUCACCAUGUUUGGUGAGAAGUUAAAUGGCACAGAUCCUGAAGAUGUCAUCAGAAAUGCUUUUGCUUGUUUUGAUGAAGAAGCAACUGGCACCAUUCAGGAAGAUUACCUGAGAGAGCUGCUGACAGCCAUGGGGGAUCAGUUUAUGGAUGAGGAAGUGGAUGAGCUGUACAGAGAACCACCUAUUGACAAAAAGGGGAACUUCAAUUACAUUGACUUCACACGCAUCCUAAAACAUGGAUCAAAAGACAAAGAUGACUGAAAGAACUUCAAAUUC